GCUCCGCUGACGUCAUAACGGGCGUGACCGCCGCGGGGUGUCUCUCCGCUUGAGAAGCGAUCGAACAACAACUGUGUGAACAGCGCGACGGGAUCAUCAUGGAUCGAGGCUACGGUUCAGGUUACAGUUGGGGAGGUGGAGGUGGGGGGUCUGGCAGCAGAGGUUCUAGUGGUUUUGACAUGUACGGUGGAGGUUACAAGGACUCGAUGUCCGGGCUCGGGGGCUACGGAGGAGGAGGUGGAGGAGGAGGAGGCAGCGGUCAAAUGAAGAGGAGUCUAUCUGGAGCAUCCAUGCUCUCAUCUUCAGGCACGCAUGCAGACGCGGUCAUUGCCAAGAUCAACCAGCGACUUGACAUGCUCACUCAGUUGGAGGGGGGGUUGAAAGGGACCCGGGGAGACAGGUUUGACCAGUACGAGUCUUUCGACUCGCGCACUUCCUCCCUCGCCUCCUCCCGAGAUCUCUACAGAUCUGGCGGCAGUAGCUAUGGCUAUGAUGGUGGCCGUGGGGACAAUCUGCUGUUGGGUCAGCGAGCAGGCUCUGGCUUCGGAGGGGGAAUGGGGCUAGGAGGAGGCGGAGGCUUUGACAGCCCGUCCUCUUCCUAUGGAGUCGCUAAAAUGCGACAGAAUAUGAGGGAUUCCUUCACCAGUAGCCAGGGAGGAGUUUCUGAAGGUGGAGCAUGGGUAUGGGGAGGAGCAGGCCGACGUUCCCCCAGAAGGGGUGGAAGUGCCGGGGGUCGAGGAGCUGGCGGAGGUUUUGGAAAUCUCAGGUCUGAUUCCACUCCAUUAGGCGGUGGGAGGGGAAGUGGCAGUGGCAGUGGUGGCCAGUCCCACCGUGGCCACUCUCCAGGAGGUGGUAGAGGCAAGCUCCCAUCCCUCCUGUCCAACCGCAUGUACCCUGAGAGCGGGGGCUUCUAUCAGGGGUCCGCUCAAGGGCCUCACGACUUUCCUGGGAGGCACUUUGGAGGGGGCCCACGGGCUGGCCGCCAGCGAGGCCGCAAGAGACCCCUCAACAAACAACAACAGCAGCAGCAACAACAACAACAGCAGCAGCAGCAGCAGGUGAAGCCACAACGUCCAGAUGUCCAGAAAAAGAGAAAACAGAUGCUCACUCCAGCCGAUGAACCUGAGUCCAAGAUAAAUAAGACGGAGAGUGCAGGGACAGAGGUUACCCAAGAGCCAGCUGAGAAAAACGGUAGUGCCAGUGAACCAAAGACUGCAGCUGAGGUUCCUGUCUUACAGGCGACAAAACCUGCUGGAGACACAGAUGGGGAUAAAGCUUCACCCAAGCAAGAGGAGAAGAAAAAGCCACAGGGGAAACAGAGCCCAGUACAAGGUCAAGACAAGCACCCCAAAAUGAGAAAGAGACGGGGCUUCCUGGAAAGGGUGAUGUUUGCCUGCUCGGUUUGCAAGUUCCGCUCCUUCUACAAGGAGGAAAUGGAAACUCAUCUUGACAGUCGCUUCCACAAGGACCACUUCAAGUUCCUCUCCGGCCAACUGUCCAAGCCCACAACAGACUUCCUACAGGAGUAUUUGCAGAACAAGUUUACGAAGACGGACCAGAGGAUCAGCCAGGUAGAGAACCACAGCGCUGCCAUCUGCCAGGUUUACAAAGAGCAGGACCUCACCAGAGAUCUUGGAAUGGAGCACUUCAUGAGGAAGGUGGAAGCUGCUCACUGUGCAGCAUGUGACCUCUUCAUUCCCAUGCAGCAGCACCUGAUACAGAAACACGUCAAGUCUGCUGACCACAACUACAACCGCAAGGGGAUGAUGGAGCAGUCGAAGAGGGGCAGCCUGUCUGUCGCUCGGAGCAUCCUGAACCACAAACUCAUUGGCAAGAAGCUGGAGAGUUACCUCAAGGGUGAAAACCCGUUCACUGGUAACCAGGACGACCAGGAUCCAGAUGACUCCAUGGUGAUGGACGUGUCCGAGCUGGACUUAACCAGUGAGACAGCCGAUGGUCAGACAGCCGAUGAGCAGACAGCCGACGAGCAGACAGCUGAUGAUCAGACAGCCGAUGAUCAGACAGCAGACAGUAAGACAGCUGAUGAUCAGACAGCUGAUGAUCAGACAGCAGACAGUAAGACAGCUGAUGAUCAGACAGCAGACAGUGAGACAGCUGAUCAGACAGCCGACGGUAAAGCAGUCGAUGGUCAGAAGGCAGACGCUCAAGCAACCGAUGGUCAGACUGCUGGUGGUCAGAUGAAGGAGGUGGCCGAGGGAGGCGCAGGCCAAGAGGCGGUCAAGGGUGAAGCAGUAACUGAAGCAGCAAAGGAGGAAAAGAUGGAGGAGGACCUAGGAAUGGGAGGAGAAGAGGAGGAGCAGGAGAACCAGGAAGAAGAGGAUGGUUUCGAAGUGGGAGAAGACGACGAGGGGGAGGAGGGAUAUGUGGUGCACGACGAGAUUGGCGAAGAGGGAUUACCGGGCGAGCUGGAGGAUGAGGAUGAAGGAGUGGAGGCAGCCGAAGUUGAGGAGGAAGAGAAUCACAAAUGACUUUUGCACCCUGGGUUUGACCUCUCGACCUAAAACAUCUGUCUGGACCAGUCAGCGACCCCUCCACCCUCGCUUCCUAAUUUCAUUGUCAGGCUUAUUAACAAAUACACAUAUUGUACCUGCUCCCUCCAUUUCUUUCUAUAAUGACUUUUUUUUGUUGUUGUUAAAGGAACAGUUUGACAUUUUGGGAAAUAGUUUUAUUUUUUUGCAGUUUUUAGAUAAAAAGAUCACUUUAACUAUAGCUGCUUUCUGCAGUUUCUCCAUAUUUCCCCCGGAGGAGUUGCAAUCUGUGAACGCAAAUGUCAGAGUGAAGACGCUGCGCAGUUUCUGUGGACUUUAUCCGAUAGAUGGACGCAAAGAUGAAACAACGUGGUGACACACACACACACACACACAGACGACACAUGGUG